UGCAAAAGCAAAAAGAUUGCACCUUUUAUUGAGGCAAAAAAUAAUGAAAACUUCAUGGACCCUUAAGAAGUACUAUUUCAUUAUUUGUAUCCUCUUAAUAUUGCAACAUGUUUAUUCAAACAAAAUCAUAAAUGGCUGGGAAGAAGAGGUGAAGAAAUCAGAGUUUCCAAAUGGUUUUCUUUUUGGGACUUCAACUUCUGCCUAUCAAGUUGAAGGAGCAUAUAGUGAAGAUGGCAGAAGUCUUAGCAAUUGGGAUACUUAUUGUCAUAUCAAUGGUAGAAUACCAAAUGGAGGAAGUGGAGACAUAGCUGACGAUCAUUACCAUCGUUACUUGGAAGACAUUGACAUAAUGGCCUCUCUUGGAGUAAAUGCAUAUCGAUUCUCCAUUUCUUGGAGUAGAAUUUUACCCAGAGGAAAGUUAGGGCUUGUGAAUCCAGCUGGAAUAAAAUUUUACAAUAACAUUAUUGAUAGUCUCCUACUCAAAGGAAUAAUACCAUUUGUGACUAUCCACCAUUAUGACUAUCCUCAGGAAUUUGAAGACAGAUUUCAGGCCUGGCUCAGUCCUCUUAUGCAGGAGGAGUUUGUUUACUUUGCUGAAAUAUGUUUUAAGAGUUUUGGGAAUAGAGUGAAAUAUUGGGCAACUUUAAAUGAGCCAAAUUUAUAUAUGGAAAUGGCCUAUUUAAAAGGUGUAUUUCCACCUUCCCAUUGUUCUCCCCCUUUUGGUAAAUGUUCUUAUGGUAAUUCAGAUAUUGAGCCUUUACUUGUUGUCCACAACUCAAUUUUGGCCCAUGCCAAAGCUGUCAAAAUCUAUCGUGACCAAUUCCAGGAAAAACAAGGUGGAACGAUAGGAAUGGUUGCGAGCGCUUACAUGUAUAAACCAAUGACGGAUAAUGAGGCUGACAACAAAGCAACAAACAGGGCUUUAGCCUUUCAUGUUGCCUGGCUUCUUGAUCCUCUAGUGUACGGAGAUUAUCCAAUAGAAAUGCGUCAUUAUCUUGGGACAAAAUUACCAAUAUUCAGCUCGGAAGAAAAAAUACUUAUAAAAAACAGCACUGAUUUCAUAGGACUUAAUCAUUAUACAACAUGGUUUGUGAAAGAUUGCCUUAAUUCAAAUUGUACAUGCAUGGAGAGUGAUGUUCUUUGUACACAUGGUGAAAAUAGAGCCAUUCGUGGCUAUGUGCUUAUUACUGGACAAAAAGAUGGUGCAUACAUAGGAGAUCAAAUGGGAAUGCCCGGAGUAUAUGUGGUUCCGCAAGGCAUGGAAGAUAUCGUUGAUUAUGUUAACAAGAGAUACAAUAACUUGCCUAUAUUUGUGACUGAAAAUGGGUAUGCAUCAAAUGAGAAUCAAGAAGAAUAUGAUAUGGACCAAGAUAGGAAACGAAUUAAGUAUCACAAAGCAUACUUAGCAUCUUUGGCUCGAUCAAUUAGGAAUGGUGCUGAUGUACGUGGUUAUUUCGUAUGGAGUUUAAUGGAUAAUUUUGAGUGGAGAUUUGGUUACACCGUCAAAUUUGGGCUUUAUCAUGUUGAUCGUUUUUCUUUGAAUCGAAGCCCAAAAUUAUCGGCCCAUUGGUUUAGAGAUUUUCUCACAAACACUAGCCUCAACAAUAUACAAGCAAAGAGUUCAAUAUGAAAACAAUUUAAUAGCGUAUUUCUCGAACAUAAAUGAUUUUAGACCUUCUUAACAUGUAUUUGAUCGUCAAGAACGUUAAGCAACAUUUCAGUAUUUUGAGUUUAUCUUUGGAAAGAACUUCGUUGAUUUCAUUUACUUUGAAAAAGAAUAGUAUGUGAUGUCUUGAUCUUUUUGAAUAUAAACUUAAAUAAACUCCCUCAAGAUAACUGAAAGGUGUAGCAGUGGUCUUGGGGGUUCA